GCCGGUGGUUUCUACUGUGACAAUUGAACAAUCCUCUACCGUUACAAUUUCUGUCCGUCCAGUGAUGGCUUCAACCACAUUGCCUUCAUCUAUUCCCAACAGUGGCAGCAGCAGCCACGAGCAAGGAUACGCGACCGGAAAAAAGACAUCUGCGUCCACUCUAAUUCCCUCUGCGAGCAGCCAUUCCUACAAGAGCGCAUCGCCGUUGGAGCCUUCCAGUGGAAUUGCCAGUGCGACACAAAUGGCCGCGACGCCACUUUUUACCGGUGCUGCAUCGAGAGCAUCCAAGGGAAUAACCGAACUGUUGGUUGUUCUGGGGGGUGCUUGGAUGCUGCUGUGAGCUCCUGAUAAUGUGUAUUAAUUAAUCGCUCUCUUUUUUCCCUUUUACUUCUGGGGUAUGUUUCACGAUAAUGAUGAGGCAACACAGGGGACCCCUAUAUAUAUUUGUAUGUCAUAAUUUCAGGAACAUUCCCGACACCGAACUAUCGGACUUACUGGCAGAAACGGACAUUUGGACGAAGCCAGCAAGUCGGACCGGAGUAUAAUAC